AUACAUUUAUUUCGUCUUACUCGUUGGAAAAGUUGGACGCAAUCUGCGCAGCGUAAGCGCAGAAAAGUAAUUAUUUUUAAUUUGUGCAUUAAAUAAGUAUUUUAAAAUAAAAAUACAUCUACAGAGCGCACACACAAGCACAGGCUAGAUACAGAAAAUUCUAUUGAUUUGUACGCUCGUCCAAGAUGGCGGACGACGAGCAAUUCAGUUUGUGUUGGAACAAUUUCAACACAAAUCUGUCCGCUGGCUUUCACGAGUCACUAUGUCGUGGAGACCUGGUAGACGUAUCCCUGGCAGCGGAGGGCCAGAUUGUGAAGGCGCAUCGCUUGGUGCUCUCGGUCUGCUCGCCCUUCUUCCGCAAAAUGUUUACGCAGAUGCCAACGAAUACCCACGCCUUUGUGUUUUUAAAUAACGUUAGCCAUUCGGCACUGAAGGACCUGAUCCAGUUCAUGUAUUGUGGCGAGGUGAACGUCAAACAGGACGCAUUACCAGCUUUCAUAAGCACAGCGGAGUCGCUACAAAUCAAGGGGCUGACAGAUAAUGAUCCACCACCACAGCCGCCACAAGAGCCCACACCCCCACCCCCACCAGCAGCACCACAGGUACAACAACAACAACAACAGCAGCAACAACUCCCAGCCCAACGUGUACAGCGCCAACAGCAGCCGCGUGCAACCGCUCGCUACAAGAUUGAAACCGUUGACGAUGGUCUCGAUGAUAAGGGCACCACACAAAUUGUCAUACAGACAUCAGCCUCGCCACAAGCGACCAUCGUACAACAGCAGCAGCAACAUAUACAAACACAACAGCAGCAGUUGCAAACGGCGACAACAACAACCGCCACGCUGGUGUCGACAAACAAGCGUAGCGCUCAACGUGGCAGCCAGAGUAGCAGUGGUGCCGUCAAGCGCUCAAAGACAACAUCAGCGAGCGCCGCCAACGCCAGCAACGUAAUUGACCCCCUCGAAUCGACAACGGAAACUGGAACAACAACGGCAACAUCUACUCAACAACAGCAACAACAACAUGUGCCACAACAGAUAACCGUGCAGACGACUGUGGUGCAGAGCAGCGACACGAAAGUGCAACAGGUGCGUCAGCAGCAGGCUGCACAAGAGGAAGCUGAAUACAUUGAUCUCCCCAUGGGUAUGCCAACGAAAUCGGAACCAGACUACAGCGAAGAGCACGCCGAUGUUGCCGGCGAUGGCGAUACGUCCUAUGUCGAGGAUGAUGCCUAUGGCGAGAUACGCUAUGAUGAAAGCUACUUUACCGAAAAUGAAGACGCCGGUGCUCAGCCAGCAACAAAUACAAGCGCCAGCGUUGCAGCCACCACAUCGAAGGCGGUGGUCAAACAACAGUCGCAGCCGCAGAGCUACAACGAUUCAUCGUUUGUCGACACCGGCGGGGAUCAAGGCAGCACAGAGGCUCAAGCAUUUCACAUUGAUUUCGCGGACUCGAAGAAGAACGGCGGCAAGCUGCUGGUCAUCAAUGGUUUCCGUUUCUUUAGGAAUAAGAAACGGGGACAUUUGCAGUAUUGGAAGUGUCGCAACUAUUACAAGGAACGCUGUCCGGCCAUUGCCAUACACGAUGAGUCGACGCUGAUCCUUAGAUUGUGCCACCAGCACCAGCACAUGGAGAGCAAUGAUAUCGAAAUCAAACCGUUUCUGACCGCCGUCAAGGAGCAUUCGGUUGGCGGCGAGCAACGGAAUGAGGAGGAGAACCGUGAGCAGCAGCUGCUGGAGAUGGACAACCGGGAGCAGCAGCUGCUGGAAGUGGAGAGUCGUCAGCAGCAGCUGCUGGCGGUGGAAAGCUGUGAGCAGCGUUUGGUUAAAGUGAAAGCGCUCGAGCAGCAGCCGCUGGAGCUGUGCCCCGCCCCCAGCAGUGAACAUAGCGUCGAUCAGGAGGUUAUCCUACUGUCGCCUUCCCCGCAAAAGUCGCGACCAUCGCCAUCCCUAACGCCGCCACCGUUGCGCGGCUUCAAGUCCAAGCAUAGCUUCAACUUUUAGUUACAUGUAUUUCAAAUGCUAGCUCUUAAGGGUGUUAAUCUCUGUGUGUGUGUGUCUGCGUGUGCGUGUGCGUGUGUGUCUAUUAAAGCAAAGAAAUGUC